UUGAAUUGCAUUGUCAUUGGCAGCGGAGGAUUUUUCGGAGUGUAAACUCGAGUGCGUGUGGCGAAUAUCACCCCCAAAACCGACAAAAUUCCCGAUAAAUCGACACUGCAUUCUCCAAAAAAUCCAACAGCCAAGAGAGCCGAGAUCUCCCGUCUGUAUGUGGCAUUGAGCUGAUCGAAUAAUCCGGGGAAUAAUCAGGUGGUAAAUAGUAAUCAUGUCGGGCGGUGCGUUGUUCAGCAAUAAUGCGGUGCGAGGUAGCAGUAAGAAUCUAGUCGAAUUCAAAGCCGGGAAGAUGACUGUCAAGGGAAAGAUGGUUUAUCCGGACACGAGAAAGGGACUGCUCUACGUUUUUCAGUCUGACGAUUCGCUCAUGCACCUCUGCUGGAAGGAUCGGACUUCUGGAACUGUUGAAGACGAUUUAAUCAUCUUUCCGGAUGACUGUGAGUUCAAACAUGUGUCGCAGUGCAAGACUGGACGAGUGUAUCUCCUGAAAUUCAAACUGUCGAGCAAGAAGUUCUUCUUUUGGCUGCAGGACCUCAAGACUGACAAAGAUGAGGAGCACUGCAGGAAAAUCAACGAGGUCCUCAACAACCCCCCGACCCCGGGCUCCCAGAGAAGUGGAGGGGCCAAUCCCGAUGGCGACCUGCAGAAUCUUCUCAACAACAUGUCCCAGCAGCAGUUGAUGCAGCUGUUCGGGGGAGUGGGUCAGAUUGGGCUUGGAAAUCUCCUUGGAACAAUGAGAGAUCGUCCCAGCAACACGAGGACAAGCACCACCACUGCCUCCACACCAGUGACCACCAGUGCCACGAGACCACCAGCAGCUCAGACCCCAGCGCCUGCCAGUGUCACAGAAACCCCGAGGUCGUCCUCGGGCGGCACUCCCAAAAAUAAUUCCGGGUCUAAGCCACCAAGUUCUAUGACCCUUCUCGAGAGAACUCCCACUCUCAUGAGUGACCCACAUCUCUUCGAUCUCCAGAGACAUCUCUGGAAUAUUUCUACACCUCCAGGGGCUGAACCUGUUGUUCAGAGGGGCGUAGCGACUGAGCUGACGAAUACCAUCCCAGCGGCGAUUACGGCAACGGAAAGCCUGGAACGGACAAUGAGCAAGCACUUGCCACCCGGUGACAGUCUGUGUACCACGCUAUCGUCCCCACAGUUCUCCCAGGCGCUAUCAAUGUUCUGGUCUGCUUUGCAGUCGGGCCAAGCCAGCCCAGUUGUACGACAAUUUGGACUUGGGGCUGAUGCAGUCAAUGCAGCUGCCACUGGUAAUCUUGAGGAGUUUGUCAGUGCUCUCGAGGGCGAGGGCAAGUCAGGGGCCGCUGGACAAGCUGGCGAGACCGAGGAGAAGAAGGCUGAGGCUAAGGGCGAGGGAGCACCCAGCAGCGAGAAGAAGGACGAUGGGGAGGAUCCCAUGGCACUCGAUUGAGGAGGUUUUUUUUGGCUUUUUUGGGGAGGAGAGUUCGAUUUUUUGGAGGAGCUUUCGUUAUUAUUCGAUAAUGGUUUUUGAUCGUAUGGAUUAAUAAAUGAGAUUUGAAAGAUUU